UAUUAAUAUUUUAAUCAAUUAUGUUUAAAAUUAUCACUAAAAAUAAUAUACACAAUUUUUCUCUAAAAAAGAUAAGAUCAGUUAGUAACUUUGUAAAAGUAGUUGAAGUUGGGCCUCGAGAUGGAUUACAAAAUGAGAGAAAUAUUGUCCCAACUGAAGUCAAAGUUGAGUUCAUUAACAAGCUGUCAGAUAGUGGUUUAAAGAAUAUAGAAGUCACCAGUUUUGUAUCUCCCAAAUGGGUUCCACAAAUGGCAGACAAUGCACAGAUAUAUCAAAAAAUUAACAAGAAGCCAAAUGUUUCUUAUCCAGUAUUGGUACCGAACAUGAAAGGUUUGGAAGACGCAAUGAAGGUCAAUGUAAGAGAGAUAGCUAUCUUCUUAGCUGCGUCUGAGACCUUUUCGAGGAAGAACACCAACUGUUCCAUUGAUAACAGUAUGAAGAAAGCUAGAACAGUUAUUGAAGAAGCAUUAAAACAUGAUAUUAAGGUUAGAGGCUAUAUAUCGUGUAUCGUUGGUUGCCCUUACGAAGGCCAAAUUCAGACAAAGGCUGUAACCAAUUUAGCAGCAUUCAUGUUAGAAUGUGGUUGCUAUGAAAUUUCUUUAGGAGAUACCAUUGGUGUAGGAUCACCUAAUAAAGUAAAGAAUGUGUUACAUGAAUUGGAGCAUGUAUCAAAUGACAUGAAUAAAUUUGCAAUUCAUUGUCAUGAUACUUAUGGACAGGCUCUAGUGAAUAUUUAUGCUAGCCUUGAAUGCGGAAUAAAAACUUUCGAUUCGUCUGUAGCUGGUCUAGGCGGUUGCCCAUAUGCAGCUGGAGCUUCUGGAAAUGUCGCUACUGAAGAUUUACUUUAUCUUCUACAUGGUCAAAAUUUGGAAACUGGGAUAGACCUUAAUAAAAUAGUAAAAAUAGGAGAAUUCAUCAGCAGUCAACUUCAAAAGCAAAAUCAAUCCAAAGCGGCUACUGCAAUUCUUGCAAAAAAAUGUUAAGAAAAAUUCUUUAUAGUAAUAUCUUUGAAAAAAAAAAUCAAGUUAACAAAAGAUACGAAUUCGUGAAAAGAAGCUUGGAUAAGAAUGAAAGGAUUCUACUUGACACUUACUAAAUUUUUAAUAAUUUUUUUUAAAACUUGUAUACACAAUCCAUAGAAAUAUGGCGCAACGAUCAAACACACUACGAUGUGUUAUUUUCUUAUUGUUUAUGCUUGUUCUCACCAAUACUGUAAGAAUGUGGCCAACAAAUUAAAUGGCUGAGCCAUCACAUCAGACAAUUGUGCCCCGGGAGCUACCGCAUUUGGUCCCAAUGUAUUAUUUGGAGAAGGUGGUGCACUUGUAUCACUUUGUGUAUAUGCCAAAGUUGUUACAAAAUUACGAUUUAAAUGUGUUGCUUCGUAAAGUGCCAGCAACAAUGCAUUAUUCGCGCGAACUUGUUGCGUUUUCGCUUCUUCUUCACCAACGAACAUACUCCCGACUAUACUAGUUAAAGAAGAUAACCACGAUGCUUGUAUUUCUAUGCAACAUGUUUUUAUUAUUAUUAUUAUUUUUAUAAUAAAUAAUUUAAAAAUAUGAUCACGAA